AUGACGGCCGCACGGCGCGCCCUUCGUCGGGCUCUGGGGCACGCCCGCGCCGUGCACAAGCUCACGGACGGGCUCACGGCGGCCCCCGUGUGCGGGUGCGGCCGAGAGAUGGGCGCCGGCGAUGCACGCAGUGCAGUCACUUCCCAAGCAUCUCGUACCGCGCACGACCACCCGAGAAACGCAGCCUCAUGCGCGCGCCGGGGCCCUCACAGACCGCCCGCUGCCCCCGCCUUCGCGCGCGGGUACGCGGCCGGCGACACCGGGCACGCCGAGCUCAAGCGCAAGCUCCGCGGCCUCUACCGCCUCGUCCACCCGGACCUCUUCCACGACAGUCCCGUCGAGCGCGCCACCAACGAAACGUCGCUCAAGGCGCUCCAGCAGUACCUGAGCGAGGUAGGGUUAGGGUUUGGAUCGUCGGGGGCGGCGCAGGGGGGGUUGGGGGAGUCGACGGGGGCGCUGCGGGUGAAGUUCUUCCUGCGCGAGCCCGACGGCGGGCCCGACGCGGGCCUGCGUCAGGUGGCGGCGUCACUCCCCCCCCCGCAUCGCACGCUGGGCGGCGCCCCGGCCGCGCCGGUCGCGCGCGCGCUGCGGAAGCUCCUCGUGGCCGUCGGGCUCAUCGAGGGCGGCGCCGCGCACGAUCCGGAGCGCGACGCGUGGCGGCAGGACGACGACGCCGCACAUGCAUGGUCGCAAGGGCUGGCGGCGGAGCUGGACGGGGCCGAUCUGCCGCUGGCGCAGUUCGUUCAGGAGGCGGCGGAGGUGCUGCGGCGGCAGGAGGCGGAGAUGAUGGGCGUGCGGGCGCGCGUGGGGUCGAUGCGGGCGGCGUUCCGGUUCGGGCGGGGGGUGUCGGUGACGCACACGGCGGCGCUGAGCGCGCUGCCGCCGUCGCAGCAGGUGGACCGCAUGCUCGACCUCGCGCGGGCGCUGGACGUGAUCGACGAGUACAAUAUCUUCCCGGGGGAGCAGCCCCUCGCGGGCACGCGGAUAUGCUUGGGCCGCGCCACGGCGAUUGACAGCUUUGGCACCGUGUGGCUGGACGUGCGGUCGCCGGUGGAGGAGUGGAUCGCGCACCUCGCGAAGAUGGACCUGGCGGGCGUGCGCGCGCAGCAGCAGCGCGUCGCGGACGUCCGCGCCCUCGAGAACAGGUGUGCGGACGCGCUCGGCGUCGCGGUGCUGUACGCCACGCACGCCGACACCCUCACGCCGGCGUACUGGAACCACCUGACCGCGCUGCACAGCUACUGUCAGGCCCACGGCGCGCACGCCGGCGCCCCGCUCCUCUCGCUCCCCGCCAUCCCGCUCGAGAUGCACCCCGCCGACCCCGCCGCGCCGCACGAGGACCAGCUCACCGUCGACGCCGCCUCCGGAGCCCUUGUUGCUCCGAUCGGCUGCCCACCCGACCUGCUGGUCGAGCAUGCGCGGCGGGCGGGCGCCGAGGCGGUGGCGGUGGCGCAGCGCGUGCGCGGGGAGGCGGAGCGCCGCGCGAACCUCGCGGACCAGACGCGGCUGGCGCUGGGGCUGCGGCGGCUGGCGCAGGACCCUGCACUUCCAAACACUUUGUUCAUGGAGUGUUGCCAUCGGUUGAUGGAACACAAGCGGAAGCUGCAGCCGGUGCUGGCGGGGCAGUCGCUGCGCGUGGCGCCAGAGAGCCGGGCUCCGCGGCCCGACAGUCCAUACAUCGACAUCGCGUACGACAUUGUGAUUCCUUGA